GGGUCCUGGCUGUGCCGCCCGGCCAUCACCAUGGUGAAGCUGAGGAAAGAGGCCAAACAGAGGUUGCAGCAGCUCUUCAAGGGCGGCCAGUUUGUCAUCCGUUGGGGCUUUAUUCCUCUCGUGAUUUAUCUGGGAUUUAAGAGGGGUGCAGAUCCUGGAAUGCCUGAGCCAACUGUUUUGAGCUUGCUUUGGGGUUAAAACGCUAUUUGGUCAUCUGGGUUUGGAAGCAAUCAGUGGACAGGAACAGCAUGGAAGAAUUUGUGCUCUGGCUGCAGUAAGAGAUGGGACAUCCUUCAGAUGGUCACCAUUUGGAUAGCACAGAUGCAUCUGGCAGCGCGGAACCUCUACUGACUUAUUUAUAAUAGAAUGUAUUAAAUAAAUAUUUUUAACAAAAAAAAAA